AUGUACGAAGGGAUUGACAACCUGAAAUCCCUUUACGACCGUUCCAAGAAGACUUUCUUCGGCGGUCCUUCUGCGGCACAGGAUGUGUCGCGUCGUACUGCUCGACCAGACCCAGUACGUCAACCAUCAAUUGGGAGCGGGGCUCCCAAGAAUCCCAGGACGGGGGAUAGCCGCGCCACCGGACGAGGUAACUCGUCCGACGUCCGUUCACGUCGCGGUGGUUCAACAGCUGCUCUACUAGAUAGCGCUGGCCACCGCGAGAGUCCUCUAAUGGAGGUGGAGGAGGAGGAAAGACGCUCUCCACACGAUCAUGUGGAUCGGUGUGUUCCCGAGAGCAUCUUUGAUCGCGUAACGCAAGGGUUACGCGACGAUCUCGAGCAUGAGCGGAAUAGGCGUCUCCAGAUGUUGGACACUGCCUCGAAGCAUCGAGCUGAGUUUGCCUUUGCUCAGCUUGAGAACGAGAGAUCUCUGACAUCUCUUCGUGACGAGCUAAGGGUAGCUCGUGGGAUUGUUGAUCGGUCUCGGGCUGAGAUAACUGCUCUUCAGACCCUUGUUGAUGCCCACCAUCGGGAGCACAAGGCUCUCUGCGAGAUGCUUGAGCGCAAGGGCGUUCUUCAUCGGAAGAAGCAGCGUACUGAUGGUACGGCUUAA